CCGCCGCACGGCAAGUGCAAGCGAGCUGACGUGCUGUUGAUCUCGCUCAUCAACUCUCAACAAAGCUCCAGCAGACACACGACGAUGGCCACACUGUCGACGACCCAUUUCCACAACCAGGAACAUGGGCGCGUCGGAGUCCUCCGCCGCCCAGACUGAAGGUCACUUCGACGGCCGACCGGCGACCUUCUUCUACAAACCCGAAGACAGCGACGAAGAGGGCGGACUCGGUUACGUUGAAGGCUACAAAGUCUAUCCUACCUCUCAAUGGACUAAAAUCUCCUCCAGAGACAUCAUCGCCUGCGUUCCGAAGCAAGGCGGCGCUGAUGGCGAUCACCAUUUCAUCUACGUAGAACAGAAUCCAGGCACAGCGCAGGAUUCCAAGGCAUCGCCCGUCCUUUUCAGAUAUGCGACGCUCAACAAUCCGCCUCAGCCGCUCGUAAAAGACUUCGUGGCCCCUGCCAAUGGCGCCAAUUGCUGGGAGUUCCGUCAAGACCGUGGUGAUUUGCAGCCCCAUUUUCACAUCAUUGUGUCGACUGGCUCGGGCACUGGUCUGGCUCCGGACGUCUGGAAGCAGCUUGUGAAACCAGCUGUCGACCUAUUAAGCGUGGUAGAAGGCAAAGACUAUGUGCUGCAUCAUACAACCUCGGAGAAUAGCGUGUCCGACCUGACCCGAGAUGUGCUCCUGCCUAACGCAAACCUUGGGGUCAGUCAGGGGAUCUUACUCAUGAGCGGAGACGGCGGCGUUGUCGACAUUGUCAAUACGUUGCUUUCUAGUCAGCGGAGCGAGAAGUACAAGAAGCCUAACAUCUCACUUCUACCUCUUGGCACCGGAAACGCGCUGGCGAACAGUGCUGGUCUUGUACGAGAUAACACUCUGGGUAUCAAGGCAUGGUUCCGCGGCGGCAUGAAAGAGCUACCUCUGUUCCGCGCAAGCUUCUCGCCUGGCUCCCGACUGUUAUUCGAUGAAGCUCGCCAGGAUCGUCCACUCCAUGUGGAAGACGGCACCGCAGUGGCUUAUGGAUCAGUAGUCGCCUCGUGGGGUCUGCACGCCGGUCUUGUUGCCGAUAGUGAUACGACCGAGUUCCGCAAAUUUGGUGUCGAACGCUUUAAGAUGGCCGCAAAAGAAGCCCUAGCACCCAGCGACGGAUCUCCGCCUCACAUAUACCAGGCCAAUGUCUCCAUACAGCGUCCCGGCCAACCCGAAUGGCACCCUGUUCGUAGCGGUGAGCACGCGUACGUCCUUGCUACUUUAUGCAAUCAGCUUGAGAAGGGCUUCACGAUCAGUCCGGCUUCGGCACCGCUAGAUGGCAAGCUGCGACUCGUCCACUUCGGUCCCACGAGCGGUGAAGACGCAAUGGCAAUCAUGAGCAAGGCAUAUCAAGGCGGCCAGCAUGUGCAUGACGAGCGUGUCGGAUACGAAGAGAUCGAAGCUUUGCGAAUCGAAUUCAACGAAGACGAUGGUCGAUGGAGACGAGUAUGCAUUGAUGGCAAGAUCAUUCGAGUUGAAAAGAAUGGCUGGGUCGAAGUUCGCCGUGGGCAGAGAGGUGUGGUAGAUCUGAUUGUUGACGAGGCGUGACGCAGGCGUUUCAUUCGAAAACAAAUCUGGCGUAUGCUUUCUGGCCCGCAUCCCACGUGGCUCUGUCUGCGUUGCGCAACGCACUUUCGAAGUCAACCGGCUCCUGCACCGAAAACAAUCAUCACUCCGAGCAUUAUACAUGCAAAGCACAGCACUGCCAGCACGCCGGAAAGCAUGGUACAGCGGUAAGGCUGAGUCGUCAAGUGCAGUCUCCAGCUCUCCACAAUCCAGCGCCACAAACACUAAAUGCAUCCGGAGCCAGUUCCAGACAAAUCACAACCAACGUGGCUUGCGGAGUCGCCUUUACACUGCAAGCCUCACACACCACAUCUACGAUACCAGAUCCGAUCUGGCAAAAGGACAACAUCAUCCCCCGCUAUAACCAAAUUCCAGCUCAGCCCUAUGACCAACACCUUACCCAAUUCGACCCUACUACCGCGCCACGUGCAAGCCAUGCUGUUCUAGCAUGCACCAGCUACCGCC